AUGGCACAUGUAGAGGUGCUGAGCAGGUUGUGCAAUCCUGCCAAGACGCUGGGGCUCCUGGUCAGGGGGCGCAGAGGGAGCCAGGUGAGAGGGGCUGAGGGUGGUUCCAGCAGCAAAGAGCCCCUGGGCAUGGUGGCUCGUACCUGCAUGAGGUGGGAGCACCUUCUGCAGCAGGAGAGGGGAUGGGGCCCCUCGUGGCUGUGUUCUGCUGUUCCCCCAGCUCAAGCAGCACCAAAUCAGCUCUUCUCUCUCCCCUCUUUCCAGCAGGUUCUCCUUGCCCCCUGUCUGAUGCCAGUCCCCCCCUGCCAUGAGUCUAUGAGCCCCCUCCGGAUCAGCGUGGGUGGUCUGCCUGUCCUCGCGUCCAUGACCAAGGGUGCUGACCCGCGCUUCCGACCGCGCUGGAAGGCCAUUGUGCUGUCCUCAGCCUGCGUGGGGCUUGUGCUGUUCCUCCUCUGCCUGCACCGUUCCUCCCCAGCACGGCACGGCCCCCCCAGCCCUCGCACCUGGCAGCUUGGCCUGCAGGCAGGGGACCGCUACAAUGACACCUACCCGCUGUCCCCUCCGCAGAGAAACCCCGAGGGCGUACGCUACCGCAUCGGCAUCAUUGCAGACCUGGACACUCAGUCCCGGAGCUCCCAGGAGCACACCUGGUUCAGUUACCUGAAGAAGGGCUACCUGGUACUGUCAGACAGUGGGGACAAAGUGAUGGUGGAGUGGGACAAGGAUGAGAGCAUGCUGCAGUCCCACUUGGCUGAGAAGGGCCGGGGCAUGGAGCUCUCAGAGCUCGUGGUUUUCAACGGGAAGCUGUAUGCAGUGGAUGACCGGACAGGUGUGGUCUACCAGAUCGAGGGCAAUAAGGUGGUACCUUGGGUGAUCCUCCCAGAUGGGGACGGCACUGUGGGCAAAGGCUUCAAGGCAGAGUGGCUGGCAGUGAAGGAUGAGCACCUGUAUGUAGGAGGACUGGGCAAGGAGUGGACCACCACCACAGGGGAAGUGGUGAAUGAGAAUCCCCAGUGGGUGAAGGUCAUUGGCUACAAGGGUGAUGUGAGCCAUGAAAACUGGGUGACAAACUACAACAUGCUGAGGGCUGCAGCGGGGAUCCGGCCCCCAGGGUACCUGAUCCAUGAGUCGGCCUCCUGGAGUGACACGCUGCAGCGCUGGUUCUUCCUGCCGCGCCGCGCCAGCCACGAGCGCUACAGCGAGAAGGCGGACGAGCAGCGAGGCACCAACCUGCUGCUCAGCUCCACCCAGGACUUCGGGGAUGUGACAGUGGGGCGUGUGGGCGACGUGGUUCCCACCCAUGGCUUCUCCUCCUUCAAGUUCAUCCCGGACACGGACGACCAGAUCAUUGUGGCACUAAAAUCAGAAGAGGACAAUGGCAAGAUCUCCAGCUACAUCAUGGCCUUCACACUGGAUGGGCGCUUCCUCCUGCCCGAGACCAGGAUUGGGAGUGUGAAGUAUGAGGGCAUUGAGUUUAUUUAACAGAUAUCUGCAGCGAGUGGAGGCACGCGGGCAGCUUAGGGACAUGGGCAGGCCCUGCUAGCCUGCUCCUAGCCCGGGGUCCAUGAGGGAUGUCAGGCAGUGCUCCCAGCUGUGUCCUUGGCCCUGCGCUCUCCUGUAAAGUGUUGACUGAGCUGCAGCAGGUGUGGUGCAAGUGUUUCGGCAGUGGCACCUGGUGGCAAUGGACCGCCACCACAGGGUGCUCCCGGCCCCAGGACAGUGUCCAGGUCCUGGAGUGCUGGUGCCUAGGCAGACCCCACUGCAGCCCUUAGUGCCCAGCCCUGAAUUGCGACAGAGCCAUCUGCAGUGGGUCAGUGGCUCUGGUGACGUCCCUGUUCUGGGGUUGCAUCUGAGCCCCAGCUCUACAGCUGUGCCUUGUGCGCCAUGGGGCUCCCUGGGUGGAGGGGGUGUGCAGCCUGAGCAGGUCAGAUUGUGGGGAUUUCAUCAGGCUUUUACUUCAGAAGCUGGAUUUCCUUCCCUUUUCCGAUAAGCUGGAUGGGGUGAUGGCUGGGGUGGCGGGUGGCCUGUUUCAGAGAAAAGUCCCGCAUGGGAGGGGACAUUGUCUGUGUCCCUUUGCUCCUGUGACCACGGAGGAUGCAGUAGUUCCCUCACCGCUGUGGCUGUGCCUAUGGGGCAGGGGAUGUGGGUAAUGGGGCGGGGGGUGAUAUAAAGUGGGCCCAUCCUGGUGCCAUUCCCAGACCACACCCUCAAGAGGUGUGUGUGUGUGUGCUGGCUGUCUUCUCCAAGGCCUGGCUGCACAUGGCUCCGACCCCAGAAAUGCUUCCCGCCCCAGAACUGUCAGCUCUGGGAAGAGCCAAGCCCUGGACAGGAACUGCUGGGAGCUGGCGACAGUGCAGCCAUGCUGUCCAAGGGCUGCUGUGCUCGAUGCAGGAGCAGAGCCAGGAGCUGCAGUUCUGCUUGCCAGAGCUGGCAGCAGCUGAGAAGCACUUGCAGCAGCCCAGGGUUUUGGCCAGGGAGCCCUCCCCAUGCUCGCCAGCAUGUUGUGAAAUUGCUGCUGCAGCCUGUGGCCCCCAGGAAGGACUUGUGUGGUUUCAGAAGCCACAAGUGUCAAAGGGGCAUCUGCUAGCCCCAGGACCCUCCUGACCCCUCUGACCAAGGAGGCUGUGGCUCCUGGCCUGCCCAGACUGACCUGGCUCAGGUCUGCCCUGCCCCAGGUCACAGGGCAGCAUAUCCUCACACCAGGACCAGUGUUUGGCUCUGUUGUGUCCCCACUUUGUUCCUUUUUAACACUUCCCCUAGGGCAGGUCUGCCAGCAAGCAGGGCUUCAGAGAGCUGGCCACUGUGGUUUGGGGGGCCCUUGUGCCCCCUGUAUCCCUCUGCCAUGCCCUGGCACUGCUCUGCUGUGGGGUCCAGCCAUGCACAGGGAGGGAGAGGGGCUGUCGGUGCAGCAGUCAGGCUGUGGUUGGGUGGAAGGAUCCACAGAGUGGUUGGGGCCCUCCCAAGAACGCAGCCAGGCUGCUCCCCCCAGCCCUGUUUACAGUGUCAGCACCUCUGAGAGCCGUGCAGAGCCCUGCAGGCCAGACAUGUGUUUUCAUUUAGCCCAGACGAUGACUCGGCCAGUGCUGGGCUGCACUUGUCUCUAGACAGGACCUGUCCCCAGUGCUGCAGACAGGCCUGGCUUUGGCCCCUGCACAUGGCCUGGGGAUCAUGGAGCACCUGGCCCAGAGCACCCAGGAUGCAUUUGCAGCUCACACUGGGCGCCAGCUGGCCACAGUCCAUGAUGGCCACUCGAGCGUCACUGGCACUUGUCUUGGCAGUCUCUCCUGGCCUCACUCACCCUCCUCAGCAGCAUCAGCAGCUCCACAGCACCUGUUGUGGUCCCAGGGCUGUGCCAGUGGCUGUCCCUGCUACCUGGUCCCUUCUUGUCCCCCGGGCCCCUGCCCGGAGCAGUGCUCUACCCUCAGAGCAGCAGCACCAACGCCUCAGGCAGCUGAGCCAGCAGGAGUCCUGCUGCUGCUGGGACCUCUGCAGACCGUGAGCCCCACAGAGGAGUUGGCAACAUGGGUCCCCAUCUCCAGGUGUCACCCAGCAUCCCAGCGCUGUCAGUGCUGUCAGCUCCCAUGUGUUCCCUGCAGGCUCAGGCAGGGUUUGGGCCAGGUCCAGCUGCCCUGUUGUGCUGUUUCUUCUCACCCUGGAGGCUGAGCACCUCUAUUACCUCCCUCUACUGCAUGGCAUGGCAGUGCUGUGGCAAGAGGCUGGCUCAGGAGCAUAUUUUGUGGCCAUGGUGGUGGCUGUCCUGCCAACACAUGCCCAUGCCUAGCUGUGCUCGAACGCUUGUGUCCCUGCCUGCUCUGCUGGGACAAAUGCACUGCUGGGGAAAUGGAGCACUCUCAGCAGCCAGCCAGGCACAGAGUACAGUGACAGCAGCAGCAUCCUGACACCUCCACGGUGACACAGUGAGUGGGUUUGGACUGGGGUAGUCUGUUUUUCCAUAUUAUAUGUGUAAUAUGGUGUAGGACGGUGUUUUGGAUUUGUGCUGGGAACAGGGUUGGUAACAGCAAUGUUUUCAUCACUGCUGAGCAGCA